UUCUUAACGAAAGCUUUUCCAUGCAGCGUCACUUUAGCCAGCUUGACGCUGGUCCGCUAACUUAUGUUUGGUCAGCCAACCGAAGUAUGGACUCCUUUUACUCGCCACAUUUCACUCCCGAACGUUAAGUGAUUAACACGCGCGACGAUUUAAUGGAUAAUCGCUGUCGGGUUUUUUUUUGUUACCGUUUCGGGUGAUUUAUUUCACAAACGGAAAUGCUAGCCUGUGCGUAACGGUCUCCUCUGUCUGCCCCAUCUCCUCGAGCAGCGAAACGCGGCUAGCUGCGAUGUGAUUAUGAAUAACAUCCGCCGGGGGGGGGAAGUUUUAAUUGGCAUCAUCACAGCUGAAUGGCUUCGAUAACACCUCAUCUGCCUCCACUUGAGGCCUGUGUGCUGUGAUUUCCAACACUCGGGGAGGAACGGCUAUAUUUUGUUUUGUGUUGUUUUUGUUGGAGUGGUAAUAACGGGAGACACCGCAUCCACUGCUCCGUAGCUAACGUCACAACGUCCGAAAAAAAAGAGAUGUCUUUCUUCAAUUUUCGGAAGAUAUUUAAGCUGGGACCUGACAAGAAGAAGAAGCAGUACGAGCACGUGCACCGCGACGUCAACCCCGAGGAAAUAUGGGACAUCAUCGGGGAGCUGGGAGAUGGAGCCUUUGGGAAAGUCUACAAGGCUCAGAACAAGCAGAACAAAACCCUCGCUGCUGCCAAGGUUAUCGACACCAAGACGGAGGAUGAGCUGGAGGACUACAUGGUGGAGAUCGAGAUCCUGGCCUCCUGCGACCACCAUCACAUCGUCAAGCUGCUGGAUGCCUUCUAUUUCGAUGGCAAGCUGUGGAUUCUGAUUGAGUUCUGUGCGGGUGGUGCAGUGGAUGCCAUCAUGCUGGAACUCGAGAGGCCCCUGACGGAGCCCCAGAUCCGCGUGGUGUGCCGGCAGACUUUGGAGGCCCUGUCUUACCUCCACGACAACAAAGUCAUCCACAGAGACCUGAAAGCCGGGAACAUUCUCCUCUCUCUGAAUGGAGAAGUGAAACUGGCUGACUUUGGGGUGUCGGCUAAAAAUACCAAGACUUUUCAGAGGAGGGAUUCUUUCAUCGGCACUCCGUACUGGAUGGCCCCAGAGGUGGUAAUGUGCGAAACCUCCAAGGACCGUCCCUACGACUUCAAGGCCGACAUCUGGUCCCUCGGAGUGACCCUGAUAGAGCUGGCGCAGAUUGAGCCGCCCAACCACGAGAUGAACCCCAUGCGGGUGCUGCUGAAAAUAGCCAAGGCGGAGCCACCCACACUCAUGCAUCCCUCUCGCUGGUCGCUGGAAUUUAACGACUUCCUGCGAAGGGCGCUUGAUAAGAAUGUGGACAAUAGGUGGGGCACGCAGCAGCUUCUACAGCAUCCCUUCGUCACCAGUGUAACGGAUAGCAAACCGCUCAGAGAGCUCAUAGCUGAAGCCAAAGCUGAAGUCACCGAGGAGAUCGAGGACAGCAAAGAGGAGGAGGAGGAGGAAGAGCCUGAUACACCUUUGGCGGCUUCCGGGCACAAGCGGGUGCCAUCGGAUGCCAGCGCGGCCAGCUCGGAGGACGACAAAGUCCCGCCGACUCCCUCCGCCCUGGAAUCCGUCACGGAGAAGACGGAGGCCGAUCCGGCCGAGGACCGGAUCAGCGACAAGCUCUCCGAUGAGGGUCUUGGAACGAGUGAGGCGGACAAGACGGAGGAGGAGGAGAAACUCAACGAGGUGUCGGAUGCUAGUAAUGAAGACCUCGCCUCUGGCCUGAUAGAACCCACCAAGGACCUCACAUCGCAAGGUCCCACAGAGGCGCCAAGACUAGAAGAUAGUCGAUCUGAAGAGAUUCCUGCUGAGCCUCUGCUUUCGCAGCCAGACGAAGCUGGAGAUGCAGUGGACACCCAAGAGCUGCUCGUAGCAGGGGAGGAACAGAAGGACAUACAAGGAGAGGAAACGGUUAAAGAAGAAGAAGAAGAAACCGAUGCUCUUACAGUAGAAUCCAGAGAAUCCCAUGGCCAACCCGAAGACCAACCAGAAGAACCAGAAGUCAUAUCGGCGGAAGUGGCUCAGGCAGAAGAAGAAAGCAAAGAGCCAUGUGAGACGCCUCGGCAUGAAUUGACAGAGGACGGGAUAGAAAACGUCACCGAUGUGAGCAAAGUAUCGAAUGUGGCGGCUGGAGCCACGGGCGAGAAGCAGAGCGACGACGAGCCCCCCGCCGCGGUGCUGUUGGAGGAGGAGCCCACGGAAAGCCAGCCAGAGGAAAAGCCCGCGGACGCGGCCUGCGAGGAGCCACGGCGGGCCGGGCCGGACGAUGCGACCAAGGGGGAGGACGCUCGGGGGGGGCAGGCCCCAAACGCCUCCCCAGAUGCAGUCAGCGAUGAAGCCCAGGUCCCCUCUGAGGAGUCUCACCCGGUGGUCCCAUGCGGCGGCGACGACGCCGAGGAGGAGGAAGAAGCCCCUCGCGGGGACGAGGGCACUUCCCAAGAGGCCGCCCCCGCGCCGGAGGGCGAAGCGGAUCCCGAGAGCAAGACGGAGGGCGGGAGCCCCCCCGCUGCGGCUCAGCCCGAUUUGGAGAAGGACUCCGACUCCGGAAGCAGCUCGGCCGCCGAUAGCAACAGCCUUGACCUCAACCUGUCCAUCUCCAGCUUCCUGUCGAAGACUAAGGAAGGGAUGUCCAUGCAGGAGUCCAGGCGCCAGAAGAAGACCCUGAAGAAGACGCGCAAGUUCAUGGUGGACGGCGUGGAGGUCAGCGUGACGACGUCGAAGAUCGUGACGGACAACGACACCAAGAGCGAGGAGCUGAGGUUCCUGAGGCGGCAGGAGCUGAGAGAGCUGCGCCUCCUGCAGAAAGAGGAGCAGAGGGCCCAGCAGCAGCUGAGCAACAAGCUGCAGCAGCAGAGAGAGCAGAUCUUCCGACGCUUUGAACAGGAAACCGCGGCUAAGAAGCGCCAAUACGACCAAGAGGUGGAGAACCUGGAGAAGAAGCAGAAGCAGACCAUCGAGCGCCUGGAACAGGACCACACCAGCCGCCUGCGGGACGAGGCCAAGCGCAUCAAAGCGGAUCAGGACAAGGAGCUGUCCAAGUUCCAAAACAUGCUGAAGAACCGGAAGAAAGAGGCCAAACAGGAAGUUGGACAGUCCCCCAAACACAUGAGAAAAGAUCUCCUGAAACGCGUAAGGGAGGAUCUGUUGCUCCUUAACAACUCCGAGGAGCAAGAGUUCCUACAGAAGCAGCAGCAAGAGCUGGACGGGGCUCUGAAGAAAAUCAUCCAGCAGCACAAACUGGAGAUCACCACCAUCGAGAGAGACUGCUUGAACCACAAGCAGCAGCUGAUGAGAGCUCGAGAGGCGGCCAUGUGGGAGUUAGAGGAGCGCCAUCUGCAGGAGAAGCACCAGCAGCUGAAGCAGCAGCUGAAAGACCAGUACUUCCUGCAGAGACACCAGCUGCUGAAGAGGCAUGAGAAAGAGAUGGAGCAGAUGCAUCGCUACAACCAGCGAAUGUUCGAGGAGAUGAAGAACAAACAGACCCAAGAGAGGGUUCGUCUGCCCAAGAUUCAGCGGAGCGAGGCCAAAACCCGCAUGGCGAUGUUCAAGAAGAGCAUCCGCAUCACCGCCACUGCGACGUUCACGCCCGAGCAGGAGAGGGAACGCGUCAAACAGUUUGCCUCUCAGGAAGACAAGAGGCAGAAGAACGAGAGGCUCCAUCAACACCAGAAACACGAGAACCAGAUGAGGGAUCUGCAGCUGCAGUGUGACUCCAACAUCCGGGAGCUGCAGCAGCUGCAGAAUGAGAAAUGCCACCUUCUGAUUGAACAUGAGACUCAGAAGCUGAAGGAGCUGGAUGAGGAGCACAGCCAAGAGAUAAAGGAGUGGAGAGAGAAGCUGAGACCAAGGAAGAAGGCGCUCGAGGACGAGUUCACGCGGAAGCUCCAGGAGCAGGAGGUCUUCUUCAAGAUGAGCGGCGAAUCCGAAUGCCUUAACCCCAGCACGCAGAGCCGAGUAUCCAAAUUCUACGCCAUCCCGAACCUGCACAACUCUGGUUCAUAGCCGGCGGCCGCUUUGUCUGCGCCGCAGAGCGGACUCCGGCGCCGAAACCUCGGCCGCCGGGCUCACGGACUCUUCCCAGACGGAGCGACUGUGAUUUCUCCGACCGUUACUGAAGGAAAAAAAAAAACGCAAAGACACCGCUUUGAUUCCACCGUUUUUUUUUCAGCUAUUUGAGAAAUGUCCCAUGAUAGUGAAAUGCACUUUUUGGAGCAUGUUCAAAAUUCAAAAGGUAACUGUGGCCUAUCAUGUUUAUCAGAUUAUUGUAAGCACAGCCUGCUUCAGUGUGAAUGAUCUCCAGUGCCUCGUAUGUUUUUUUUUUUU